AUGUCUUCUACUGGAAUAAAUUAUAAAUUAAUAGAACAAGUAGGCAAAGGUAGUUUUGGUGUAGUAUAUAAAUCUAUAGACAAAACUAAUAAUAAAAUAGUUGCCAUAAAAAUAAUUGAUCUUGAUAGUAAUGAAGAUGAUAUUGAAGAAAUAAGAAAAGAAAUUAAUGUUCUUUCAGAAUGUAAUUCUCCUUAUAUAACUAAAUUUUAUAACUCCUUUAUUAGUAGUAAUAAAUUAUGAAUAGUAAUGGAAUAUAUGGGUGGAGGUUCUCUAUUAGAUAUUCUUAAAGCAUUAAAAUCUAAUAAUCCCCCAAAAAUUUCAGAGAAAUAUUUAGGUAAAAUUAUUUUAGAUGUUCUAAAAGCAUUAGAUUAUCUCCAUAAUAAAGGACAUAUUCACAGAGAUCUUAAAGCAGGAAAUAUUUUACUCUCAACUAAAGGUGAUGUUAAAUUAGCUGACUUUGGUGUUACAGCUAAAAUAACAGAAAGUAUGACAAAAAGAAAAACUUUUGUAGGUACACCUUAUUGAAUGGCUCCUGAAAUUAUUAAACAUAAAGAUUAUAAUCAAAAAGUUGAUGUUUGAUCAUUAGGUAUAACUAUAAUAGAAUUAAUUAAAGGAAGUCCUCCUCAUUCUUCAUUACAUCCUAUGAAAGCUUUAUUUUUAAUACCAAAAUCUGAUCCUCCUAAUUUAAAUGAUAUACCAAAAUUAAGUAAAGAUUUAAAGGAUUUUGUGACUGUUUGUUGUCAAAUAGAUCCUGAAAAGAGGCCAGAAAUUAAAACAUUAUUAAAACAUUCAUUUGUUAAAAAAGUAAAAGAAGAUACAGUACUUUUAGAAGUAAUAAGAAAAUUAAGUUUAUAUAAAAAUAAUAAAAACAGAUACAGUUCAUAUAGAUAA